AUUUCUAUUGGUAAUUAUGGCAGCAGCUAGAAUUUAUGAGGCAGGUAGCGCGUCAUAAAGAUGCUAUCUGGUCAAUGACAGAGUAAUAAAUGGCCAUAAUAAACUGGAGGCAAAUCGAAAGCGUAAACAGAACAAGUGCCUCAUGUAUGUCCGGUCUCCGGCUAGCUGCGGCCCAUUACGUGCGAGGGCCGGCAAUUAGAAUUGUGGUACGCGUCGAGUUCCACGAAUUCUUGACUAAUGUCAAUGUCAAGGCAGGAAUCGCAACUGGUUUAUUUGACGACAGCGAAGCUACACUCUCCCGUUCUCUAUAUAAAGCGAUGCGUGUGCCCCAUAUAUAAGUCAAUAUGAAGCAGUUGGAGCUGAGUUUACUGUGCCUGUGCCUCUGCCUGCUGAUCGGCGCAUUGUGGGCGGCCGACACGCCCACCUGGCAGCUGCCCACUGCGCAGGCUGUGCAGCGCAUUCAGCGGAGCUGCCAAAAGAGUGCAGCCGGCCAGCGGGCCAGCCAGCUGAGAUGCCUCGUGGAGCAGCUGGGCCUGUGGACCGACGAGCAGGGCUACAAUGCCCGGCGCAUAGCCAAAAUCUUUGCAGCGCACCAGCAAACCGAGGAGCUACUGCUGGUGGUGGAGUACUGCAACAACAGAGAGCGCCGGCUGCAGCAGAAGCCCGCACAGUGGGCCUAUGCGGCCUACAAAUGCGCCACGGCUGGCACCCUUGGACACUGGCUGAGGGAGUACAAGAGGCAAAUGCAAGCGAUCCAAUAAAGAGAACACAAAGUUUAUUUUGGCAAA